AAAUCGGGGGACGGACGUGUCCUCCUCCUCCGCGUUCGCCAUCCCUUCCUCCGAGACUGAAUCCCUGCUGCCGUAGACGACGACACGUCGCACGCACACGCCGGUCGCUUUAGCGUUACGGGCUGCCACGAGCGUUUUACACGAGGGGACGCGCGCGCCGCGUACGCAUCUCAUCAGUAGCGUGCCCACUCGCCGGUACGACAUAUUAUUAUUAUUAUUAUUAAAAUAAUAUAGGUACGCGUGCACGCACCGCACCGCACCGAACUGCACCGCCACCGGAACGCAUCGCACGCGCGCGCGCGCCCUCUCACACGCUCACACACGCACACUCGCACACCCCACACAAGCACGCGGCGCGCCGCGGAAUAAUGCCAAAUGGCCAAAUCGCCGGCUGCGACGCCGUCGUCGAACGCACCGCCGUCGCCACUUUCACCGCCAAUCGUCACCGUCGCCGCGGCGGCAUCACACUGUACAUCACCGUCAGCGGCGGCGGGGUCUGCGGCACGUCACCGCCAGCCAGAGUGGCCGGCCACUUCACCGGCGGCGUCUCCAUCGUCCGGUGGCGACGCCGGCAGCACGAGCAGCGGCAGCGGCAGUGGAAGCGGUGGUGGCCGUGGACAGUCGUACCACUACGAUGGUGGUGCAGAAAUUACGCUCAAGAGCAUCGAACACACGCUGUUGCCGCUCGUCAAACAGAUAUCGACGUUGGUGGCGCACCGGGAACGACCGUUCUGCACGGAGAGGACGGCCAGGGCGAUAGCCAGGGUCGGCCAGGGGGUGAACUUGGCCAUCGAGCGGUUUGUGACUGUCGGCGAGACCAUUGCGGACGACAAUCCCGAGAUAAAGUCCGACAUGUACCUGGAGUGCAAGGAGGCCAGGGCGGCAGGUGCUUCCAUCGAAAAACUAUGCGAAGCCGUGUUUGAAGAUUCGAUCAAUGAUCGAGCAUCUGUGAUAAGAGCUGCCCGGUGCUUGUUGAGUUCAGUCACUAGAGUGUUAUUAUUAGCCGAUGUAGUCGUUGUAAAGCAAUUAAUUUCAGUCAAAGACAAGGUGUCGCGAAGUCUGGGUCGGUUGGAAGGCGUCAACAACUUCACGGAGUUCGUCAAGGCUUUCAGUCACUUUGGCACCGAAAUGGUGGAGCUGGCUCACUUGACAGGCGAACGGCAAAACGACCUGAAAGACGAACGGCGGCGGUCUCAGAUUGCCGCGGCCCGACAGGUACUCGAGCGGUCCACCAUGCUGCUGUUGACUUCGUCCAAGGCGUGUCUGAGGCACCCGGACAGCUCGGAGGCCAGCCAAAACCGGGACACGGUGUUUUGCCAGAUGCGCAGGGCCAUGGACCUGAUCCAUUACGUGGUCAAAGAUGGCGUGAAGGAGAGUGGUGGUGAGUCCAUGGCCCUGACACCGUACACAUCGGAACAAGACGGUGGCGACACACUUGGCCACGCGCUCAACGUCCUGGACUCGUUUGUCGACAUGACGAGGCUGACACUCGUGCUGAGCGAGAAGGAAACGCUACUGCGCACCAUGGACGUGAUCAUGGAACGUACGCAAGACUUCACCGACAGCGCGUACACCAGACACGAGCACCGGGAAAAUAUAUUGACACUGUGUGAUCGGGUCAAGACGCAUCUCGAUCAAUUGAUCAGAGCCGGAGCUAGACUGGAACAGUGUGACGAAUACUCACCUACGAAAUCGCUGGAAGUGGCCGUAAACCAGUGCCUCGACGCCACCAAAGAACUCAGACUGCAGCUGAUAGCUACGUGUAAAGAACAAUCCCAUGACUUACCUUUAAUAAUUAGGACUGGCUAUGACCUCGUAACGUGCAUACAGACUACGUCUUCCGAUGGAGACGUCGACAGUCUUAACAAGUACGGCGAUCAAUUCGUUGAAGUCGUAGACCAAAUCGGAGAAAUUUGUAAAGUACUGAGGCACAUUGCAACUGCAGAAUCACUUCAGGUUUCUGCGAAACACGCCGAAGUCAAUUUACGAGUGUACGCACCACAAAUCGUUACUGCUGCUCAAGCAUUAGCUCACUAUCCUUGUUCAAAAAUCAUAAAGGAAAAUUUAGAAGUAUUUGCGGACAUGUGGCAAGCCUUGACUCAAGACGUGUCUACGGUGUGUAAAGAAAUUAUGGAAAAACAAAUACCGGAAAAACAAACAUACAUGUCACUCCCCAGACCAGGCAAACACGGUACGACGACAAAACCGCUGAAGUCGGUGAGACUAGAUCUAUCGGAACAAGAUCAAAUCGCCAAGGCUGGUCUGGAAAUGAAAUUGGCGUCGAGUGAAGUAGACACGGAAGCGGACAGGUGGGGCGCUGGAGAGGAAGACGACGCGGCCAUCGAGGAAGGCGCCAGCGUGGACGAGCGAGGCAACGCGACCAAAGCACACGAAGACAAUGACAUUGUGCGUAGGGCGAAGAACAUGUCCGGCAUGGCGUUGAGCAUGUACGAGUUCACCAAGGGAGACGGUGGGUCGUCGCUGAGGACCACUCAAGAUCUGUUCACGCAGGCGGAAUACCUGGCCGAGGAAGCUAACAGGCUGUACAAAUUGGUCAGACAGUUUUCGUACCAGGUUCCUAUGGGUGCAAACAAAAAAGAACUUUUGGAACAGUUGGACCAAGUUCCAACAUACGUACAACAGUUGCAAUUUACAGUAAAAAUGCCUACGGUCGGUAAAUCUGCUACAUUUUCAAAAGUCGACAGUGUGAUUAACGAAACUAAAACGCUAAUGAACGUUAUAUCAAAAGUAGUCACAACCUGUUUUGUAUGUGCUACUAAAUACAACUUGGACUUCCAAGGUCUGUCGGCCAGAAGCGGUGGCUUCGGCGAGCGCGGCGAAGACGGUAGCGGUGCUGGUUCCGGAGGUGAAGGUGGCAAACUGAGUGGAGGAUCAGGCUCGGAUGGAUCCAUGUGACAGUUUGGGAUGGGGCGGAGGAGCAAAGGGGAUGGCCGCCGCACCCGCGUGUCGUUCCUGCUCUUCUGAGCCCGUGCAGCUACACUUGCAGCCAGCACGAAACCCACAGACUAAUUACAUGGCUUCCAAAUCCCUGCAUACAACCAAUACUACUGGAAAAUUAUUUCCGGUAUUUGGAUUACUAAAGUUACCGGAUAAGUUUCGCUCAACAAAUAAAAGUAGCAUAAUAUAAUAUAUUUACAUUGUAUUUGUCUAUAAUGUUUAUUCGCCGUCAUCACAUAAGUGGUGAAUGGCUAUUAUAAUAUUAUAUCCGUGACACGAUUGAUUUAACGUAAUCGCGCCCGACACGUUUCUGUUAACGUUCGAUUCGCAUCGAUGUACCGUACAGUUAUUUGUAUUAUUAUUUUUAAUAUUAUGUUUUAUCAACGGUGAUUUACCAAACGUUUAAUAAUCAUUCGAGUACCUACACUCCUUCCGAGUUCACACGUGUUAUAAUAAUAUAUUAUAUUAUAAUGUCUCGUGGUAUGAGGAGUAUCUACCUGUAAUUCAUAUGGAAUAGAACUAUUCUAUUGCGUAGGCCAAUGGACGACAACUAUUCAAUUCUAAAGUAUAGUAAAUACUAAAUAAAACUAUGCAUUAUGAUUUAACUGACAAUAUUAUAAUGUUAUAUUGUCGUUAAUGUUUUGAGCAAAGAGCAAUAUAUACACAUAUAUUAAUUAUAUUAUAUUAUUAUAUAAAUAAUUUUCAAUAAAUGUUUUGAUUUUUUAAAUCAUAAUAAAAUGAUGUCACUAUAAAAAUGUUAUUUAACUUAAACACAAUCUUAAGCUUAUAGACAAUCAGGCAAUAUAAUUUACUAGGACACAGUUAAUAAAGAUCUAAAUGAAAUAAAUAUUUUAACUACAAAAUAUAAUAUAUAUAUAAUAUAUGAGUAAUAACACGGUGUUCAUUAGGAUAUCUUUUACGAUGGACUCGACCUGACUGCUCAUAUUGAGUAUACCUAUAAUUUGAUGUGUUUUGAUAUUUACCUACUUGUACAUAAAAACCCUAUUGACUGUACAAUUUUAACCUGAAUUUUGAUAUCAUUCGGCUUUAAGUCAUAAUAAAUGUAUCGCAAUAUAGAUGUGUUCUCAAUAAUUAGCGAUUAUUAAUUAUAUUACCACACAUACUAUACGGUUUCAUUUGCAUUGGACAUCUAUCUCCAACUAAAAACCAUUCAAUAACGAUUCAAAUAAUGUUUUAACUAUUUUAAAUAAUGUAAAAAUUACGCAAAUUAUUUAUAUUUUUUCUGAGAUGUCAAGACUGUGUCUUCCACUCGAAAAAAAAAAUGUUUUCCAUGUCAAAAAAAUUCAAAGUAGAAUAUUAAGCUAUGUGUCUUCCCCAAAUUGUGUUCCAUUGCCCUAUAACUUCCCGUGUGUUUUAACUUAUUAGAUAUAACGAUCUCUGAAAAAAUUUAGUUGUUGAUCAAUAUUUUAUUAUGAAUUGAUUAUUUUAAUACAAUUUCGAAUAUUUAUGGCGUUCUAUUUAAAUGCCAAAUUUUAAAAAUUCGUAUAUCUUUUUUUGGCUUAAACAUUUUUUAACGAUCUUUAAAAGUGAUUUUGUAAAUACAUACAUUAGACUGUGCCAAAUUUUUAACAUCGUUUGAUCAAUUUUAAAUAAUUUGUAUACCGUGUUAUUUUUAUGUAAAUUAUCAAAAUACAAUUUGUUGUUAAGAGUGAAAAAUUUGAAUUUCUACCACGUUCAUCGUUAUCGUAUUACUAUAAUAAGAACGUUCAUAUUAAUAGACACUACGCAUAACAAUAGAUAAAGAAAAAAUAUCAUUUGCUUUGAACUGAUGUCCAAUUAACCGUGUACAUAAAACUGUUGAACGAAUUACAUACUGAGCCAUAUUUAUUUCUUGAAGUAUAAACUUUGAUUUAAAUAUGUUCAUUUUUUUUUAAACAAAUAAGCAUAAUUUAAUGCAAUCGACAAUUAUUCAUCUUUUUUUAAGAUCAAUAAUAUUUUCUUUUUUGUAAUCAAUUGUUUCGUGAGAUAUAUAAAUAAUUAUUCAUUUAUUAUAAUACACGUUAUUAGGGGCUUUUAUUUAUACGUUUGUUUGAUUUUAUAAUAUUCAAACUAAAUUAAUAACUUUUUUAACUAAAUCUAAAAUAUGUUAUACAAAAUGGUAAAAUUUAUCAAAGUGAAAAUGUAGUUCAGUAUACGAAUGGAAAUAUAUAUAUAUAUAUGUAUUUUUUGUUUUUGUGAACAAUCGUGAAUCCUUUAUUAAAUUGAUGAAAUUUAAAAUAAUGCAAGUGUUUACUUAAAAUAAUCCUUAUACGUGAAUUUAACGAUUUUUCCUUUCUUGUACAGUUUGUAGAUGAAUGAAUAAUUAAAACAUUUAAAAAAAAAACCUUGUUUAGUCAAGUGAUUAUAGUCUUCAAAAAUUUUAGUUUACUCAUAAGUUAAUUAUUUCAUAAUUUACUAUAGUUUUCUGUAAUUAUCUGAUAAAUUGUAAGCGCAUAAUAUAGAUUAUCAGUUAGGGUAUAAUAAUUUAGGUUCUGUUCAAUAUUUUACUAAUUCCUAAAUCCUGAUAGAAUAAUUAAAAAAUUGUUUAUGGUCGCUAUAAGACUUAUACAACGACAUUAAACAAAUUCUAUACAAUUUAGCUAUUGGUAUAUCAAUGUACAUUUUAUAUUUUACAAUAUAUUAAUCACCUAAAUUGAAAAGAUAAAAAUUCAUCAAACCUUUUUUUUUUUAAAAACCUAUGAUCAGUAAUACUUAAUUUACAAAUAAAAUCUGUAUGAUGGUUAUUCUCGUUACAAGUGACAAUGAGUUUUUACAACGGCCCAUUGAAACGGAUAAUAGAUUCACUUUUUCUUAAUUGAAGCCUUUCUUAAAAUUAUUAUACAUCAAAUUCAACGCAUUAGUAAAAAAUACACUCGUUAAAUUGUUGAAAACAUAGUUUUAUUUUUUAUAUUCAUUAAAAACGCAUUUUAACUAAAGCUAGUUUAUAUUAUACAGAUUUUUUUAAAUAUAUUGUACAAAGUUAUAUAGUAAUGUUUUAUUUUAUUUGUUUACAUUAAUUUCUGUAAAAAUUUGUUGUUAAAUAUUAUUAUUUUAGAUUGCAUUUCUAAUAUUUAAGAGUUAUAAAUAUAUUAUUUUUUUUAUCACUUACUUAAAUUAUAAUUUUUAGACAAAAGCUUGUCAACUGGUAAACAUAUUUUUGUUUUAAGUCAAUGAUUUGAAAUCUGAUUCAGAAAAAUUAUGGACAUUAAUGUUAUAUUUACUCAUGACGAAAACAAUAGUUCGAUUUAGUGACGUAGUGUGCUUUAAGCAUAUUUCGGUAACAGACAAUCUUUUGAUGUAUUUUUUUUUUAAUUAACCCUUAGUCGUUAGUUGGAUUACAACUAACGAUUUAACUGUUUUUUCAAGUUAAAAUUUGAACUUGUUUUUAUAGCUAAAAAAUAAAUAAGUAUUUUUUUACCGUGUUGAAUGUCGAAUGACGCCGAAAGUCCUUUAUUAUACAAAAUAUGAACGAUUACAUCACUUUGUACAUCUGAUAUUAGUGUGUAAUUUGUUGAAUGUUAAUUAAGAUUAUUUAAAUAUUUAUAACACACACACAUAAACACACACAUCCAUAUAUGUUUUAUAUUAUAUAAAUACAUACAUUACACAUACUUACUACAUUAUAUAAAUAAUAUUGAGUGUGUAUUAUAUUUUAGACAAGUCUAAAAUUGAACUUAAACUAUACUAAUUUGUGGUACCAUUGUAAAGCGUCGGUGAUUUUGUUUUUAUUUAUUAAUUAUUAUAAGUAAAUAGAACGCGUUUUUUGUCCGAAUAAUGUUUUUGACUUUGUAUUUCGUCAUUUUUUUCGAAUUGUUUUUUUAUAUGCAUGUAAAAAAAUAUAUUUGUAAAUGUUUUAUUGUACAUCUUCGUUACAAAACACUUGAAUAAUAAAUACAAUUAAAAAAUAA